CAACCAAUCCACUCCACAGCCCCCGGAGCCAAACACACCAACAAGCCCCCUUGUUUUCUUCUUCCCUGCUCAAAUCGUCCAUACACCAUGGGCUCCCUCAGAAGCAGCGGCAGCGGCAUGCCGGUACAGAGUGUGGACCCGGAGGCGGCAUGCGCACUGCUGGCCUCGGAGCAGUACGGGUACGUGGACGUGCGCAUGUGGGAGGACUUCCACAAGGGCCAUGUUGCCGGCGCACGCAACGUACCAUACUACCUCUCUGUCACCCCUCACGGCAAGGAGCGCAACCCUCACUUCGUCGACCAGGUCGCCGUGCUCCACUCCAAGGAGGACCGGUUCCUCGUCGGUUGCCGCUCCGGGGUGCCGUCAAGGCUCGCCACCGCAGAACUCGUGGCCGCGGCAAGUACUAAGGAGUGUUGGUUUCUUGCGGAUUAGUCCCUCCGUCCCACAAUAUAUGAUCAUUUUUUAAGCUAACAUAGGUUGAAAAGCAAUCUUAUAUUAUGGGAUGGACAUAGUAAUUUAUUGAUGGGAAGUGUUUGUGACCGGGGCGUCGGCUGAACCGUUGCGCCGGUCCCGCGCGAGCCACUCGAUCGAGGCCAUCGUACGCCUCGCGCGAGCCCCUACCCCCGCCUUAUCUUCUUUUCUCCAAUCCCCUUCUCUCUUAGCCGCAUCCACGCACGGGGGGUCGCCGCGCUCCUGGUCUUCCUCCUUCGGGGGUAGCUGCGCUCCUGGUCUUCCUCCUUCAGAUCCCGUUGUCGCCAUGGAUGCGUCUGUCAUCAUGCCGGCUCCCUUCACCAUGGCCGCGCGCAAUGAGGCCAAGCACCGGGAUGCCUCUGACAAGCAAGCGGUGCUACAACCAGCAUCCAAAUAUGCUAGGAUCGGUGAGCCAAAGUGCUACAAUGGGCAUAAUUUUUGCUACUACGGACGGUGACCACUGUGACCACACCUGCAGAUGCUGCAACCGCUCUGGCUAGAUGCUGGAACCGGCAUGAUUUUUUGCUACUACAAGGUGGUGACCGCGGGGACCACGUGCCCACAGAUGCUGUACCCCGCUCUCGCUAGAUGCUGGAACCGGCAACGAAAAAUGUUGACACCAUUUGCUGGAACCGGCGAGGUGAUUUGCUACAACCGAAGACGCUAAUGUUCACGACUUGCACAGCGACUACAACUAGCGGGCGACGGCCAUGAUGUUCUUUUGCUACAACCAGGGAUUAGGAUUGCUGGAACCGGCGCAGUGUUUUGCUGGAAGUAGCACCCAAAAAUGGUUCCAUCAAAGUCUUCUUUGCUGGACAAGCAAUUCUUCGCUACAUCCGGCAUCUUUUUUUGCUACAUCCGGCAUCGUUUUUUGCUGGAACCAGUCGACUGUCCGCUACGAACGCCAACGCGACAGAAGCUGCAACCAGGGUAGAGAAAUGCUACAACCGGUGUAUAAAUUUGCUACUAGCGGCAAUGGAAAAGCUUCAGAGCGGCAUGAGGAGAAAUCUGCCACCGCGGGAAAAAGGCUUCAAUGGUGGAAAAAGCUUCAAGAGCUAAUGACAAGAAAAGCUUCAACCGGGGGUGCCGGGCGGCGACUGGGGGCGAGGCC